UGCUCGAGACGGCGAGUGCUCAACAGUCGCGCGGUUGACCGCUCCGCCUCGAGUCCGAGUCAUUCUUGCGCCUCUUGCGGUAGUCGCAACCUCGUCGCGUCAUCGCUCCGUGCUUCCCCCGAGUUCCCGGCGUUUUUCCCUCCGUGCGUCCGCGGGCCCGGUGAUUUUCCCUCAUCCCCUAGCCGCUGCCCUCCAAGGGAAAAGCAAGGUUAUAAAGUGCUGCCCCGCCGCUUCAGCCGCAGUCGCGGUCACGCCUUCUCCAAUUGCGCUUAACUCCGUUUCGCGCCGAUCGUGUCCGUAGUUCACGCCAAAGUGUUUACAUCCGCUGGAUUUUGACCACCACGCUGAGAUUAUUUUUGCAAGAAAAAAAAUUGGUGAUUUUCGCACUUUAAAUCAGGGCUCGAACGUGCUAGUGUUUAAAUUCCGAUCCGUGUUUGUGAUCAUGAUUAUAAAGUACUUUGAGCAACCGGUUAAAUCGACCAUGAACGUUUGUCUGUUCUCUCGCCGGGAAUUUGUGUGCUUUUUUUCGUGAGGAAAGAAAAACAAUCUAUUUUAUUUUUUAAUAUUUGAUAACUCAACUGUCACCGCGCUCGUCGUAUAUAUUUUUAUUUAUUUUAUGCAUUUAUCUACAAUACCGUGAAGGAUUCUUACAAUUUUCCUCUCAUUUCCUAGAUCUCCGAAGCAGUUAUUGGUGAUACUUGUGUCGUGUUAAAUUCUGCCUGUUUUUUUGUCUGUGAUGGUUGUGUGAGUCACGGGAUUCGUGUGAGUCGCACAAGUGUUACUCUCUCACUCGAGGUGUUUUUACGUUUCCGAUGAAUCGAUCGGCGUACAGUGUGAUGGACACCGAGCAGGAGCAAGGGGCCGGCAACGGCGUCAAGCUCAUCGGCUUCGUGGCGACGGAUCCCGAGGGACGCAGCCCGGCCGAGACCCAGGACCCCAGGACGGUGCCCGGCGGCUUCGUGAACCGCGCCUACGAGCCGGCCGCCGAUGAGAAUUCCAACGCCACCCACGGCUACUCACCCAAUUCCCACCAGAGUCCGCUGUCCCACAAUGGUACGACGGCGGUGACGCUGUACGAGCACAAAUGUCACAGGACGACGUCACCGGGGUCGGCGGGGCCGCCUCCACCACGACUUCCAGCGCUGAGCCCCGGGAGCGGGGGCGGGUGCGGGGACGACGGGCGGAAGGGUAGGCGGAAGAGCAGCCUCCUGUACUCGCAGGUGGAGGACUGGGCGGAGGAGCGGGUGCGCAAGAUCUGCUCGCGGAAGGUGCUUUUGAAGCGGGUCCCGAUCCUCUCGUGGCUCCCCCACUACACCGCCGACUCGGCCUUCUCCGAUCUCGUCGCCGGCAUCACCGUCGGACUCACCAUCAUCCCCCAGGCCAUCGCCUUCGCCAACGUCGCCGGCCUCCCGCCUCAGUAUGGGUUGUAUUCGUCCUUCAUGGCAUGUUUUGUCUACACAAUUUUUGGAAGCAGUAAAGACAGUCCCAUCGGUCCAACAGCCAUCAUGGCUAUCCUAACUCGAGAGAACUUACACGGCUUGGGUCCUGAGUUUGCUAUCUUGCUGUGUUUUUGGACUGGUAUCGUACAGUUACUAAUGGGAACGUUUCAGUUUGGGUUCCUCAUCGAUUUUAUCUCAGGACCUGUGUCUGUCGGAUUUACGUCCGCAGCCGCCAUCAUAAUCGCUACGUCUCAAGUGAAAGAUCUCCUUGGACUCCAUUUUACUGCUGGAAAGUUUUUGGAUGUUUGGGACCAGAUCAGGAUCCAUAUCGGGGAGACAAGCCCCGCUGAUGCCAGCCUCGGCAUCAUUUGUCUCAUCGUCCUCUUCACUCUAAGAAAAAUAAAAGAAUUUAAAAUUUGCGGUGCGAACGAAAACCCAACCACGGGACAAAAGUAUCUGGCCAAUAUUCUGUGGUUCAUCUCAACUAGUCGUAAUAUUAUUGUUGUAUUGUUUUGCUCAGUCAUGGCCUUCAUUUUUGUCCAGAAAAACGGAAGCGCUCCGUUUGCUUUGUCUAGUCCCGUCAAAAAAGGUUUACCGACCCUUCAGUUACCACCCUUCUCAACGCAAGUUGGAAAUCGAACCUACAAUUUUCUAGACAUGACAUCUAGUCUCGGCUCUGCGAUCUUAGUUCUGCCCCUUCUCUCAAUCCUAGAAAACAUCUCGCUUGCAAAAGUAUUCUCGGAGGGUAAGACAAUUGAUGCGACACAAGAAAUGUUGGCCCUGGGGCUCUGCAACAUUGCCUCGUCGUUCGCAGGGUCCAUGCCUGUAUCAGGAGCGCUUUCAAGAGGGGCUGUCAAUAAUGCCAGUGGAGUCAAGACUACCUUUGGUGGAAUCUACACAGGUCUCAUCGUAAUUGUUUCUCUGCAGUAUUUCACGCCGUACUUCAUCUACAUUCCCAAAGCGUCGCUGGCCGCCGUCAUCAUAGCUGCGGUCGUCUUCAUGGUUGAGUUCCACGUGAUCACACCCAUCUGGCGAACGAAAAAGAUCGACUUGAUUCCUGCCUUUGCCACUUUCCUAUCAUGUUUACUAAUCAGGCUUGAACUUGGGAUCGUCAUUGGAAUAAGCAUCAACGUUCUGUUUCUACUCUACGCUUCUGCUAGGCCCACCGUACACGUCGAAAAACUUAUGACGGAAGCAGGUUGUGAGUACCUAUUAAUCACUCCGGAUCGAAGUCUCGUGUUCCCAUCGGUGCAAUACAUCCGAAAUUUGGUGAGCAAAGUUGGAGUUAAGCAAGGCUCUAGCUCCAUUCCUGUCGUCAUUGACAGCCGCCAUGUCCAGGGUGCCGACUUCACGGCCGCUGAGGGUGUCAAAUCUUUAAUCGACGAUUUUGUGACGCGGAAGCAACCUCUACUUUUCUACAACCUAAAACAAAGCGUGGUUGAAAUAUUCAGAGGUGUCCAGCCUGCGGAGUUCCAUUACUGUCAAACAGAACAAGAACUUCAAAAUAUGAUUCAAGAUUACUGCUCGAAGAGUCAUAUCAAGCCACACAACAGGGUGUAAAAAGUGUAUCAUAAGUGUACAGAAGAAGCUAAACUAACUUCUAGGCUAAGCCGAUAGUUCUUGCGGACCUGAUAACAUAAUAUUAACUGACUUAUGAUUUUUGUGUAAUUAGUGCGUAAUUUUAAACGGUUUGAUAUUGUAUUUAAUUGUUUAUGAAACUUGUUUUGGAUAUUUUAAAUUAUGACCGUGUAUUUAAAAAGCAAUAGAACAAGUUUUCAAUUUUGUUUAA